ACACAGGUCAAGCUUUGGGGGAAAAUGGUGAAAAUCAGUGUGGUCAAAACCACGGCGUACGCCGACCAGAAGCCCGGAACUAGUGGACUUCGGAAAAGAGUUACCGUCUUCCAAAAGAAUCAGCACUAUGCCGAAAAUUUCAUUCAGAGCAUUAUAUCUGUUAUCGAGCCUGCACAGAGGCAAGAUAGCACUGUAGUUGUCGGUGGAGAUGGAAGAUUCUUCAUGAAAGAUGCAAUUCAACUCAUCGUGCAGAUUGCGGCAGGUAAUGGGAUUGGCCGGCUUGUCAUUGGUCAGAAUGGGAUCAUGUCCACCCCUGCUGUGUCCUGUGUGAUCCGCAAGAUCAAAGCUGUCGGAGGGAUCAUCCUGACAGCAAGUCAUAACCCUGGUGGUCCCAAUGGAGACUUUGGUAUCAAAUACAACAUUUCCAGUGGAGGGCCUGCUCCAGAAGGCAUCACAAACAAGAUUUACGACAUCAGCAAAGCCAUCACAGAGUAUCACAUCUGUCCCGACCUUAAAGUGGACCUGGCUAAGAUUGGGAAACAGACCUUUGAGGUGGACACCUUCAAGCCAUUUACAGUGGAGAUAGUGGAUUCAGUAGAGUCCUAUGCUGAGAUGCUGAGGGAGAUCUUUGAUUUCCCUGCCCUGAAGGAGCUGCUGUCCGGAUCCAAACAUAUCAAAGUGCGUCUGGAUGCUAUGCAUGGAGUGGUUGGACCUUAUGUGAAGAAGAUCGUCUGUGAGGAGCUUGGCUCUCCUGCCGACUCUGCUGUGAACUGCGUUCCCUCUGAAGAUUUUGGAGGUCACCACCCUGACCCCAAUUUGACCUAUGCUGCUGACCUGGUCAAGGCCAUGAAAGGUGGUGAAUAUGACUUUGGAGCCGCUUUUGAUGGUGAUGGUGACCGUAACAUGGUACUGGGUAAGCACGGCUUCUUUGUGAACCCCUCUGAUUCUGUAGCUGCUAUUGCGGCCAACAUCACCUGCAUCCCCUACUUCAAGAAGACCGGCGUCAAGGGCCUGGCUCGCAGCAUGCCCACCAGUGGAGCUCUGGACAAUGUGGCUAAAGCUCUGAAGAUGGCGCUGUAUGAGACUCCUACUGGCUGGAAGUUCUUUGGGAACCUGAUGGAUGCCGGCAAGCUGUCCCUGUGCGGAGAGGAGAGCUUCGGCACUGGCUCUGAUCAUAUCAGGGAGAAGGACGGUCUGUGGGCUGUCCUGGCCUGGCUGUCAAUCUUAGCGUCACGCAAACAGAGUGUGGAGGACAUCAUGAAAGACCACUGGAAUAAAUUUGGACGCAAUUUCUUCACGAGGUACGACUAUGAAGAGGUGGAGUCCGAAGGUGCUAAUAAGAUGAUGACUGAACUGGAGGCUGGCAUGAAGUCCUUUGUUGGAAAGAAGUUCUCCUCGGGUGAUAAGACCUACGAAGUCGGAAUAGCUGAUAACUUCAUGUACACAGACCCAGUGGAUGGAAGUGUGUCAAAGAACCAGGGCCUGAGGAUCAUCUUCACUGACGGCUCACGCAUCAUUUUCCGCCUCAGCGGGACGGGCAGCGCCGGGGCGACUAUCAGGCUCUACAUAGACAGCUACGAGAAGGACCCGGCGAAGAUCAACCAGGAGGCACAGGUGAUGCUGGCUCCUCUGGUGGACAUUGCUCUGAAGAUGUCCCAGCUGAAGGAGAAGACCGGCCGCACGGCCCCAACUGUGAUCACAUAAACACCUGAUGCCUUCCCCUCCAACAAGAAACCUGUCCAUUCAGUCACCCAUCAUCUCCUCCCCAACACACAAUCACUCAAUGCCUCAUAUCAAUACAGUAUCAUGCACUGCCAAAACAGAAUAGUAUACUACUACAACACACAAAAAUAAAUUAAAAAAGAACGUUCCAGAAGGA